ACUUCCUGCGAAAGAAAUCCGCAUCCCCCGUUCGGGGCCAGAGACGGGCCGGGAUAGGACGAAUCCGCAUCCCCUAAAAUUUUAUUGGAAAACCGAAUGGACGGAGUGGAUAUACAACAUAUAAUCAAGGUACGGCAAGGGUUAUACCCACCCAAUCCAGCUGUUACCCGUGUAACACACCCAAUCCGCGCCCUUUGUUUGCACUCUCCUUUUUUUUUCUUCCUGUUUCUCAGAAAGAAGAAAGGGCGUUUUUUUUUUUUUUUUUUUUUCUAAGGUUUUGGCAAUUCGAGUUAUCUCCGUGAUUCUUCGAUUGGAGCUAUUUGUUAACAUGUUGGGAAUGCAAGAACCUCGAAUGUUGCCACCCGAUGAAGUGAAGCCGCGAAAAAAGAAACCCUCAGCCAAUGUUGCUCCUAUAUUUCCUUCGCCACAAGGAGAGAUCAAAGGGGGCAAGGAAUCCUUGCAUCCAUCACUCAAGGAACAAAAGGUCCUGAAAAGAAACAUGAGGAAUGAAGCUUCCCCAUCUUUUCAACAGACAGAUAGAUCAACUUCAGAUUCCUUGCCUGACUCCUCAAGAUCAGGCAACGAGUAUCGAGCGUUGAGACGGAAGUAUUUGCUCUUGGAGGAGGAGAGCUUCCUGUUGGGGAAAGAGUUGACAGAGGUUGAAGCUGAGGUUAAAAGCUUGGAAGAUGAGAAGACUGCACUCUUGGAUCAACUUGUCGUCCUAGAGGGUCUUGUUGAUCCUUCAGAGCUUCAGCCCCGUGGUGGAUCGUGAAGUAAGUUGUCUAACUAUUUUACUAUAUGUAAAAUAGUUGCGUGACUUGUGUCUGUUUCAAUUUAUUUCCUGUGACUAUGCACUGAGACCAUCCUGUUGUAGAUAGACAGAUGUGAAAUUCGAAAUCUAGAAGUAAGAAAGUGAUAACAAUUAUUUCUUUCAUCUUA